AUGAAAGACCAUGUUAGUCCUUCUUCUUUACCUUCCCAAGGCUUAGAUCCCAAGAGACCCGUGAAUGCUAUUGUUACAAGGAGUGGUAAGGUUCUUGAGGAGAGUUUGCCUAGAAAGAGUGAGACUAAGGAGGUCUCCAAGGAAGUUUUGGUAGAGGAUGAGAGAGAUGGUGCAUCUUUGAGUGAGGUUGUGAUUGAGACACCUAGAGAGGUGAGAGUAGAGAAAGAAAUUUUGAAACCCAAGCUUCCUUAUCCACAAAAAUUCAUGAGACAUAAGUUGGAGGAACAAUUUGGAAGAUUUAUUGACAUGCUUAAGCAACUUCACCUUUCUCUACCAUAUACCGAAGUUGUCACCCAAAUGCCCAACUAUGCAAAAUUCCUCAAAGACAUUUUGAGUGGAGCUAGUGUUAGCCUAAUGCCAUAUUCGGUCUAUCAAAGAGUUGAGUUAUGGGAACUUUUGCCUUUUAAAAUUACCUUGCAAUUGGUCGAUAGUUCAAUUAAGAUUCCUAAGGGGAAGGUGGAGGAUGUUCCUUUGAGAGUAGGGAAGUUUGUGAUUCUUGUGGAUGUUGUGGUUCUUGAAAUGGAUGAACAUGCUACCAUUCCUAUUAUUCUUGUUAGACCUUUUCUUGAUACCUCGGGUGUCAUGAUUGAUGUUAAAAGUGCAAAAAUUUCACUUAAGGUAGGAGAUGAGGUCAUUGAAUUUGACUUGAAUGAAAGCAUGAAGUAUUCAUGUUCUUCUUUAGAAUAUUACAUGUUGAUUGAUUCUAUUGAUCAUGUUGUAUCUUCUAUGCAUGAGCACUUGCUCACUUCAAAUGAUCCUCUUGAGAAUGUCUUGUUGAAUAAAAAAAGAUAG